GUGCGGACUAUGGCAUCGUGGUCACGCAGUAAGGGCAGUUUUACGGUAUAACCAUUCUUGUAUUAAAGAAUGAUUGUGCUCAUCGUACGACUAUAUUCAGGUGGUAGAGAGAAUUCCAAAAGGGCAAUUUCACUCUGGAGGACGCGGAGAGGGAAGAACGGCCGCGAACGUCAGUAACAGAGGAAAACAUUACUGCUGUAAGGAAAAUGCUUGACGAAGACCGGAGAGUGACACACCAAUAGAUA